AUGACCAAGAGAGCUUUAGUUGUCGUUGACUUGCAAGAGGACUUUCUACCUCCUACUGGAUCGCUAGCAAUUGCAAAUGGACGAUCAAUUGUUGAUCCCAUCGUCGAGCUAAUUACUGAACCACAAUUAAAACAAUGGUCAUUAGUUAUCGCAACUCAGGACUGGCACCCAUCGAAUCAUACGUCGUUUGCUUCGCAACAUGGUGUAAAACCAUUUACUGAGUUGAAGUUUAAGCAUCCAUCCACUGACCAAGUCAAGAAGCAGUUUGUGUGGCCAGAUCAUUGUGUUCAGGAAACGCCUGGUGCCGAGUUAGAGCAGAGGUUUGCAAAAGCAUUUGAUGCAAUUGAAGGUGUACCCACAGCUAACGUCAAAAAGGGUUACUUGCAAGAUCGUGAGUACUACUCGUGUUUCCAAGAUACGUGGGGGUUGCAUCACACAGAAAUGAAGCAAACGCUCCUUGAUCAUGCCAUUGAGGAAGUUAUAUUUGUUGGACUUGCUUUUGACUAUUGUGUACUAAACUCCGCAAUUGACUCAGCAAAACUGUUCAAGACAUACGUGGCGAAGGGUUUGAGUAAGAGUGUUUCACCUGACAAUGACGAAAAAACAGAGGAAAUUUACCGAAAUGAAGGAGUGAUUGUCGUCAACGAUGUAUUGGAUAUAACGAGCUAA